AUGGCAUUAAAUUUCCAAAAACAAACGACUGGGACUCCGUUACAUACGAAUUCACCAUCUCCAGAUUCUCGAUCGCAAGAUAUGCUUACGAAAUUAUCAUCACAGCCUCUUUUUAUCGCUCACGAAAAUAGCAUUUCUACCACUCUAUCCUUAACAAUAUCUCCCACACCUACAUCCUGCGAAAAUAACGGUUCUACUUUUCUACCGUCGGAAUCAUUAAAUCAAAACUCUCUUUUUAUUCGUGAUAGUAUUUCUGAUAAUAUUCCUGAUAGUAUUUCUGAUAAUAUUCCUGAUAAGAUUCCUAGUCUGUCAACAUCCACUGACGAUAUCAUUAAUUUCCCUGCUGAUGGACAACGUCCAGGAAGCUCACCCUUUAUUAACCAGAAGAAUUUAAAAAAAUUAAAACCAGAAAUCAAAAACCAUUUAUACUCAUCCAGUUCAUCCAUUUCUCAACCUUCCUUACCCCCUACGAUAACGGAUAGCAGAGGCGAUUUACCUUUGCCAGUCGAUCCACCAGAAAUGGUUGGAAUAAUAAUCGCUGCCGUAAUAGCAACAAUAGUUGUUGUUUUAAUAAUAAAAAGAAUCACAUUUGGCAAAAUAUUUGGUAACGAUUAUGUUAUCAGUAACGGACUUGAUGAAAAUAAUGAUCCUUUAUUCGAUCGUCAUGAUUUAGAUAUAAUUAAUCUGCAGCAAAAUCCAGACUUUUACUCAGAAUGGGGUGAAACCCCACGAUUCUUUGGUACUCUGAAAAGAUGGAUCAAUAAACUUUUUAAUCGAGGGAAUAAUAGGGCUAAAUUAAAUAAAUUAACAUCAAGUGUUAAUAUGGACAUUACAAAUAGGCUUGAUAAGAAAAAAUGUAGUGUUUAUAGGGAAAGUGAAACAAUGGAAGAUAGUGGGGUUGGGGCUUCUAGUGUGUGUGAAACUGAAAUAUCUUUUCCGGAUAUACAUUCUCAUGUUUUAAAUUGGGACGAAUAUAUAUUGUAA